UCACAUCUCAUCUUCCAUACAAUAUUGAAACCAUCAUUAUGAGGGAAACUUUCCGUGCUAUGCUUGUUCUCGUUGUUUUACUGUUCUUUGGAGCUGUAGAGUUUUGUUCUGGUCGGAACACAAGCUUUAACUGUAUAGAAGGGGAGAGAGAAGCCCUCUUGAAGUUCAAACUUUGUUUCCAUGAUCCAUCGCAUAUGUUGUCUUCUUGGAAAGGCAAUGACUGUUGUGAAUGGAGAGGAGUAGGCUGUGACAAAAAUAGUGGAUAUGUUGUCUCACUUCAACUCCAGGGAUCAAUAUCUGAUCAACUUUAUUGGUAUGGUAUUGGCAAACAACAACCUCUAUUGUAUUUGAUUGAUGAUGUAGAGGAGGUUGUUUCAAGUUUGCUCAAGCUGAGAUACUUGGAACACCUAGACUUGAGCAACAAUAAUUUCAAUUGUAAUCUUAUUCCACCCUCCUUUGGCUUGAUGAAGCAGCUGAGGUACCUAAAUCUCUCUUUUGUGCAAUUUAGAGGAAGAAUCCCUAGUGAACUUGGAAAUCUUUCAAGGCUUCGUGCUCUUGAUCUUUCUCAGUAUUAUGGGGGAUUGCAUGUUGGUGAUGACAUUCAGUGGAUUUCUCAUCUCUCCUCUUUGCAACGACUUGAUAUGAAUGGAGUAAAUCUAAGCCAUGCCUCAUCAAACUUGUUCCAGGUACUUGGCAUGCUUCCUUCACUAUCAUGGUUAAGUCUGUCAUGGUGUAGUCUAAAAAAUUAUCAAUUGCCAUCUCGCAACCAUCCCCUUAAUUUUACAUUGCUUGACAAUAUUCAGCACUUAGCUCUUUUCGCUAACUUUUUCCAAGGUCCAAUACCUAUAUUUAUCCAAAACAUGACUUCCUUGAUAUUUCUUGGUCUUUCUGGCAAUCAAUUGAAUGGGAGUAUUCCAGAUAGCAUCGGACAACUUUUUAGGUUAGAGAGGAUAUAUCUUUCUACCUAUCAAUUAAGUGGAAGUAUUCCAGAUAGCAUUGGACAACUUUCCAAGUUAGAGAGGAUAGAUCUUGCUACCAAUCAAUUGAUUGGAAGUAUUCCAGAUAGCAUCGGACAACUUUUUAAGUUAGAGAUGCUAGAUCUUUCUAACAAUCAAUUGAGUGGAAGUAUUCCAAAUAGCAUCGGGCAACUUUCCAAGUUAGAGAUGAUAGAGCUUUCUCACAAUCAAUUGAGUGGAAGUAUUCCAGAUAGCAUCAGGCAACUUUUUAAGUUAGAGAGCAUAGAUCUUUAUGUCAAUCUAUUGAGUGGGAGUAUUUCAAAUAGCAUCGCACAACUUUCUAAGUUAGAGAGGAUAGAUCUUUGUUGCAAUCAAUUGAGUGGAAGUAUUCCAGAUAGCAUCGGGCAACUUUCCAAGUUAGAAAGGAUAGAUCUUUCUCACAAUCAAUUGAGUGGGAGUAUUCCAUAUAGCAUCGGGCAACUUUCUAUGUUAGAGAGCAUAGAUCUUUCUGGCAAUCAAUUGGGUGGGAGUAUUCCAGAUAGCAUUGGGCAACUUUCAAAGUUAGAGAGCAUAACUCUUUCUAGCAAUCAAUUGAGUGGAAGUAUUCCAAAGAGCAUCUGGCAACUUUCUAAGUUAGAGAGCAUAAUUCUUUCUAACAAUCAAUUUGGAAUAGAAUUUCCUGAAUGGCUUCAAUUUCCAAAGACAAUAUUCAUGGUUGAUCUCUCCAAUCUUAGCAUCUCAGGUCCUCUUCCAGAAAACAUAGGUCAUACGAUGCCAAUGUUGGCAGAAUUACAUCUUGCAAAUAACCUCAUGAAUGGUUCAAUUCCAAAGUCACUAUGCAAUUUAAAACAUAUGACAGCACUUGAUCUCUCAAACAACAUGUUCUCUGGAAGUAUUCCGAAUUGUUGGAGAAAUGAUCAAUCACUCACUUUUAUUGAUCUAUCUUCUAACAAUCUCUCAGGUUUAUUUCCAAGCACAAUGGCACAGCUUUCUUUUUUAGUUAUACUGCACUUGAAUAACAAUAGUCUCCAUAAGGGACUAAAUGUGGCCUUGAAAAACUUCACUUCUUUAAUGGUUUUGGAUUUGGGUGAAAAUAAAUUUUCUGGAAGUUUAACAAGCAUUGUAGAGGGCGAGAUCAGCAACCACUCUUUAAAGGUUCUUCGACUACGAAAAAAUUUGGUUUCUGGUUAUAUUCCUUUGGAACUAUGUUCUCUCUCUCAAUUGCAAAUUCUAGAUCUUGCGGACAACAAUCUAACAAGAAGUAUUCCUCCUUGUUUUGGAAAGUUUCCACUUAUGAUGAAUGCAACAAAAGUGAUCCAUGAUGAUUCUGGGUAUUGGGAUCAAACACUUUUGAUGGAGGUUGUGAAAGGGAGAUACCUUGAGUAUACAAAAAAACCUUUGAGACUUGAGAUGAGUAUAGAUCUUUCGAGUAACAAUCUAAUGGGAUCCAUACCAGAGGAGCUAAUUUUCCUUAAGGAUUUGCACAAUUUGAAUCUGUCUUCGAAUCAUCUCUCAGGAAAGAUUCCUGAGAAAAUUGGACAAAUGGAGAAUUUGGAAUCUCUUGAUUUCUCAAAGAAUGCCCUCUCAGGAACGAUUCCGAACAGCAUGUCAGGUUUAACCAAGUUAAGCCACCUCAACUUGUCCUACAACAACUUGUCAGGGCCAAUUCCAACAGGCUAUCAACUCCAAACACUCGAAGAUCCAACCAUAUAUGCUGGCAAUCCUCAACUCUGUGGAGCUCCACUCUUGAAGAAAUGCCCGAAUAAUGCACUACCUCCAACAACUACCAACUUCAAGGACAACAAUGAAGGUGCACUUAAAAGAAUGUGGUUUUACAUUGUCGUGAUGUUAGGCUUUUCAACUGGAUUCUGGGGAGUUGUGGGAACUUUGAUUUUGGUGAAAAGUUGGAGAUAUGCUUAUUUUCAAUGGGUGGAUGAUGUCCAACACUGGAUACUUGUGGUUAUAACAUUGAAGGUGGCACAAUUCAAGAAGAUGUUCAAUGGCAAUCAAGAUGAUCAAUGAGUUAUAUGUGGAGUAUGUUGUUGUUGCUAUAUUAAGUUAGUUGAACAACCUCAUGUUGUAGGUUAUGGUGUUGGGUCCAACUUUGAAUGGCCCAACAUUGAAUAGGCUAAUUUAAAAUAAACACACUUGUAAAGUUUUCAAUAAUAUAACAUAGGCUAUAGUUCUAUAGGUUUCACAAAAAUAAAAAUUCAUAGAUUCU